AUGUACCAGCUCCCGCGGGGCAUGAACAUGGAGCCGAAGCGGCAGGUCUUCGGCUGGGACGACCACGAGCGGCCGAAGCGGGACGCGGGCCAGGCGCUCCAGGCGACGCACCUCGACGGCCUGGCGAGCCUCGACGAGGCGUCGGCGCUGUCGUCGAGCUACGCCCUGCCGCGCUUCGUGCGGGACCACGCGCCGCCGGCGUCCGGGCCCGGCGCCUGGACCGUGGGCAAGUCGCGGGCGCGGACGCGCGAGCUGCGGCGGAGCUCGAGCGACUCGCUGCGGAGCGGCGGCGGCGGCGCGUACUGGCGCUACCCGUCCGGCGAGCGCGUCGAGGCGCUCGCGCUGCGGCCGCCCGUGGAUCUCGUGGACUCGAGCAUGCGCGCCGAGGUGUCCCUGGCGACGGCGUCGGCCAUGCGCGAGAAGGCGCUGCUCGACUACCGGGAGGCGCGGUGCAAGGGCGCCGCGUGGCUCUGGCUCCGCGCGACGAAGCGCGCGGGCGGCAGCCGGACCAUCGCGCUGAUGACGCUCCACCUCUGGCACAACUACUGCGUGUCGAGCAUCGCGCGGCGCGCCCAGGUCGAGGAGAUCGUCCACCGCUACGACAUGCGGCGCAAGCGGUUCAUGAUCCGCCAGUGGCUCCGCGCGGCGAAGAAGCAGCGGCGCGAGCGCCAGCUCGAGAUGGAGAAGGUCAUGCGCGAGGCCGAGCUCUUCGAGGCCAAGGAGGCGACGCGCGUCGCCGAGGCGCGGGCCGAGGACCUGAACCGCCGCGUCGAGUCGCUCGAGCGCGCGCUCGCGGCGGCGCGCGCGCGCGAGGUCAGCGACGAGGAGCGCGAGCGCAUCGCCGUGGAGCGCGCGGAGGACCGCGCGCGGGGCGACCGCGCCGAGGAGGCGCUGCUCGUCAUGGUCGGCGCGGCGGCGACGAUCGUGCCCGCGGCGCUCGCGAACGCGCAGCGGGGCCUCUUCCGGCUCCGCACGCCCGCGGAGGUCGCCGCGGACGAGGGCGCGCGGCGCGGGUCCGUGCUCCAGCAGCAGGCCGAGGCGAAGCGGCUCGCGGAGCUGUCCGCGUCGGGCUUCGACGUCGCCGAGGAGCAGAGCGUGCCGCGGUGGACGGGCGCGCCGAAAUACCCGGACCUCCGCGGCGUCCUGGAGCCCGAGACCAUCGCGAAGCUCGCCCUGCCCCGGGCGCUGGACCUGCCGAAGACGGCGGCCGAGGAGCUCGCGGCGGCGGACGCCGGCGGCGCGCCCGUCGAAGAGCACCGGCCCGACGACCUCGCCGAGGAGAUCCUGCUCGCGUUCGCGAACCACCAGUCGUUGCACGCGGGCGCGGGCGGCGCGCGGGCCGCGGCCGUCGAGAGCCUGCCGACCUACCAGGAGAUGACCAACUGGAAGACGGCCUUCGUCGACGGCCGCCAGCUCGCGCGCAUCGUCUUCGCGGAGCUGGAGGCGCUGCUGCCCGCGCGCGCGGUCAAGGGCGUGGAACGGGCCGAGGGCGUGAAUCUCAAGGGCCGCAAGACCCUGCUCGGCUACCGCGGCACGGGGCCGCGGCUCUGGCAGCGGGGCGUCGACCAGGGCGCGCUCCAGUCCUUCGCGUCGGACGUCCGCGGCCGCCUCGACCGGCCGAACGACCUCGCGAAGCUGCUGGAGAAGGUCGCGCGCGAGGACCUCGGCCUGCCGCCGGGCCUCCUCCACGCCGACGACCUGCGGCGGCGCGACGUCGACUGGCACUUUGCGUUCCUCGCGCACCUCUUCUCCAAGGGCGGCUCGCGGCUCAUCGACCACGACCAGGACAUCGCGCCCGACGGCGUCGUCGGCAAGUACCGCUACACGAAGCGCGAGAUGGCCAAGGUCCGCGACCGCUGGGCGCGCCUCCGCGCGGACCUCGAGGUGCCCGCGCCGGACCCGGAGCUCCCGGACGAGGACCUCAUCCCGCUCCUGCCCAAGUCCGCCAUCGCCAAGCUCCUGCCGCCGCCCGCGGCCAUGCAGACCGCCGAGGACGACGCGGCGCAGGACGCGGGCAUCGGCGACAUGGUCCAGCUCACGGUCGACGCGGCCAACAUGAUGGAGGCCGUCGGCGAGCUCGAGGCCGACGAGUGGCGCAACUCGAUCCUCUGGGACCACGUCCGCAACACCGUCGACAACAAGGCCUUCAGCGAGCUCGCGCGCCGCGGCCGCAUCGUGCCCGGGCCGCGCUUCGAGGGCAAUGUCGCGCGCGACCCCGCGGAGGCGAGGGCGCCCGCGGCCGCGGCGUAA